AUGCUGAUGCUGUACCCAUUGUUCUUUCUUCCUUUGCUAACGGCGACGGAGAUCACGCAGCCUGCCGUGAUACAGGAGCGAUGGAAGCUUCAACUGGAAAAAUCGAGGAAUCUUACGGAUUGGAUCGGUGAUGGUAUUUUAAAUGCUGUGGACACUGUCCUUCCUGUGACUCGAUCUUCGUCCGAAGCUCGCAAGAAGAAGAAGCACAAGUUGAACAAAUACAUCAUCCCUCUGAUCAUAGGGGUUAUGUUGAUCAAGUCGAUUCUAUUGCCUAUAGCGUUGAAAACUUUGGCUAUAUUAAGCGGCAAGGCAGUCGUCUUGAGCUUGAUGAGCUUGAUCUUGGCAGCUAUCGUGGGGUUGAAGAAGGUUGCUCAGAGUCACUCCGGGACAAGCUACGAAGUGGUGAACGUGCCCGUGAAUAAAUACAAGAGACAGGACAUUAUCGAGAGGGACGACGUGAUGGACACCGAGCCUUACAAAUUUUAUAAAGAA